AUGGCCGACGAGGUGCACGAUCCGCGCAGGCCGAACCAGGUCGCCAGCCUUGUCCAUUCGCCACUCUGGCGCAGCGUCCACCUCGCCGCGCCGCCUCUCAUCGUCCCUUCACUCGAUGCGCAACAGCUGCACUCGCACCGCCGGACACGAGGAACACCGCUCGACAGCUCACCCAUUAUUGUGCAGACUGUCGCGGAGCAGCGUGCAGGUGUCAUGAACAACCUUCACUCGCCCGCCGCUCGGCUUUCGCGUGACGAUCAAGCCUGGCUCAGAUCCAGGUUGGAGGCGCUUGUCGGCAGGUUCCAGGCGUCGGUCCCGCGUCACGCCGCUGCCAACCCUGUGCGGGACGAUGCCGUGCGCGUCGCACUCGGACGGGUGACGGCCAGCCUCCGCUCCGACGUAGAAGUCAGCCGCAACCGCGACGAUUCGUGGACGAUCGUGGGCUUCCUCACCUGGAUUCUCAUGGAGUGCAAGCUGCAGCUUCGGGGAGAUCGGCCUUUCGAUGAAGACUUCCUCAUCGAUGCACGCGCUUGGUACCGCUACUGCCACAACAAGCCGUGGGAGUCGCUCUACUAUGACGAUGUCAGCCGGCACCUCAAGGAUAUGGAAGCCGACCUUGAGCGGAUCCAGCGCUGCAGGGAGGCGCUUCAGCACCAGCACUCGCUCGCCAAACCGGAGUUUCUGCCUGUCGCGAGGAGGAACGGCAGAGCUUUUUGA